AUGACCAGAGUGGAAGCUUUAAGGGACAUAAACCUUCGCUCCCUGCUGAGGGAGCUGCGGACCGAUAUUGCUAUGGCUGUAGACGACCCUUUCCCUCUCGUCUACGGUUUGGUGGACAAGAACAUCAUCACUGACCAACUGCUGAAGGACACUCUAGAGAAGGAAGGCAGAGAAGGGAUCCAUAAGGCCAUGUACUCCCUCCUGACCUGGGUCCUGGAGCAGAGCAGAUCCACCAUCCAGGCUUUCUGGAGCAACUUGUCCAAAGACUACAACCUGGACAGCUACCCCAAGCUACAGAUGCUGCUCACAAACCUGCACUCCAGAUGGGAUGAUGCGGGUUCCAAAGCUGAGAAGAAAUCCUCUGGAGGCCACAAAACAUCUCACGUCAAGAAAAGGAGCCAUGAGGACAGAGAGACAAACUCACACAGUCUGCAUUUAAAGUAUCAUGCCAAGACAAGCGAUGGACCAGGGGGUAAAGUGAGGCUGUACAGAGUGAAGAGUGAAGCUGCGGCCCCACAGCUAACAUCUGGAACCAGUGUUCAGGCCGUGUCGUCUUCAGUCCAGAUACCUGCCCCUCUGUCUUCCUCCUCCUCCUCUGCCUCCUUAACUGAGCUGCCAGUUGGCCUCAAAUCCACAGAGAAGAUCCACAUCAAACAGAUGCUUGGCUCAGAUGGAAGUGGCUUAAAGUGCAUUAAAGUCGGUGCAGAAUUUUAUUCCUCUGGUCAGUCAGAGGAGAUAAAUGGAGCAUCCAUGUCCAAAGCUGUUGAGAACAUGUUUCACCAUGAGGGGGAGACAACCACAAGCAUGGGUCAAUAUAACGAUGAUGAGUGUGCAGUGUGUAAGGACGGAGGGGAGCUGAUUUGUUGUGAUGGCUGUCCUCGAGCUUUUCAUCUGACCUGCUUGGAUCCUCCACUUACAUGUAUACCAAGUGGCUCUUGGCAGUGUGAGUGGUGCUUUGGAAACAGAGUGAAAAGAGAGAAAGCCCAACUUCCUUUACAGCCGCUCGUUGCCCAGCCGCAGCAAACAAACACAAGCUCCAGUAACUCCAUCAUAGACGUCCCCUUCUUCUCCUCGCUGUCAUCCUCGUCUCUCACCAGCGUCACAGCUUCUACAAAUGAGCCCAGUGGCAGAAACCAGUGUUCAGGUGGAGAGCUGCACAGUGUGAGGGAGGUGUGUGGUGUUUGUCACCUGGGAGGAGGAGACCUGACUCCCUGCCUCCAGUGUUUGCAGCGCUUCCACACACACUGCCACUUUUCCAAAGGGAGAUCCAUCUGCUUGUCCUGCUCCAGGCCCUGGGGCAGCUCUGCAGAGAGGGAGGCUGAAUCAUCUAGAGGCUUACAGGUGUGUCUGCACGUUCAUGAUCAGAGCUCCUCUGUCCCUGAGCCCGUCCUCCAUAAAGAUGAACUGGACUCCAUCCUGGGAGAUGUGAGUGAGCCGGGCUCCAUCGACGGCAUCUUGCAGUGGGCGUUCCACAACAUCUCUCGACCUCUUCCAGACUCUCAGGGAUGCUACCAGUGACAGACAGAUGAUCUGCACGCAUGGAUGAGCUCUCGCAGUCUGAAGUUAUACUGUAAAGUGACAAUGAUCAUAUGAAUAUAGGUGAUUAAAUGAACAAAACAAACAAAAGGUAUAACUGAACUGAAGAAGUGACCAUACUGGGAGUAAAGGGUGGAGCUGUGGGAUGCAGAGCAAGGGGUGGAACUGACUCAU